AUGCCUGUUCAAAUUUCUCUAUCUCUUUAUUUUAGCCUCAUCACCAUUUACCUGCAUGUACCUGGCUGUGUCCAUAUCUAUAUUUUCAUCUAUCCAUUCCACACUAUUUAUAUCAAUGCUUAUGUGAUCAAAUCUAUCUAUCUAUCUAUCUAUCUAUCUAUCUAUCUAUCUAUCUAUCUAUCUAAUUCUGCUCAUAUCUAUCUAUCUAUCUAUCUAUCUAUCUAUCUAUCUAUCUAUCUAUCUAUCUAUCUAUCUAUCCCAUUCUGUUUCUAUCUAUCUCAUUCUGUUUCUAUCUAUCUAUCUAUCUAUCUAUCUCAUUCUGUUUCUAUCUAUCUAUUUCAUUCUGGUUCUAUCUCAUUCUGGUUCUAUCUAUCUAUCUAUCUAUCUAUCUAUCUAUCUAUCUAUCUAUCUCAUCUAUUUCUAUCUAUCUAUCUAUCUAUCUAUCUAUCUCAAUGUAUCUAUGUUCACAUUCCUAUUAGUUCGUUCAUGUCUCUUUUAAAUCGAAUUGGUAUUGAAAAAUUAUCAACUCAGUAA